CGCUUUAGUCUGUAAGUUACCAAGCCGAAAGCUAACGCAACAAACCAAAAGUGAACAGCAGAAAUCGUAACUUGUCGUAAUACGAAGAAGCAAAAAAGCAACGGAGCAACGAUCGAGAUCGCGAUCGAGGCUCUGGACAGCACGAAAGCUGAGUGGCAAAUGCGAACCACUUUUCGUAUCGGUCGAGCACGAAGCGCGAACAAGAUCGGAAUUGAAAAGUGAGAGUGAUCGAAGCUCUCCCGAAGCGCAUAACAACAACCUGCUCGCAGCUAAAGCAAAAGCAAAAGCAGCUGCAACUGACGGAAAGAAAGUAAACGAAACGAAGCAAAAUAAAGAAACAAGAGACAAAGAUCUCUCGAUUACCUAAUCCGGAUCCCCAUUUUGCAUUUUCGGGGGAAGCGCGCUGCCACAGUCCGAGCCAGGCAGAUUAAUGGCCUGGCAUGUCUCUCUAUGUUGUCUAUGCCACAAACGCGAUGAAAUUUAGGAGGAGAAAACAGAAGCACUGAAACAAUAGAGACAGCAUUUCAUACCAUAGACACUGCUGAACUGUGUUGAUGAUAGUCUCAGACUGAGACUGAGAAACUCAGAUCAAGAUCGACCCACAGUGAACUCAUUUUCAUACAAUACGCUAAACUUAAUGUGAAGAGUUUUGUCGCCGCCUCGACUCAUCGAACUACGCAUUGAUAAUUUAGAAAGCGUCCGAAUCGAAUCGAAUCGAUUCGACGGCAUAACAAACGCUACAUUUGAAGUCAUAUCAAUAACAAAAUAACCACAAGAGUUUGUCCACUGCAUCAGUAUCACCAACAGCAGCAACAGCCUUCAACUUCCUCUACUUUGCUUUCACUAACGAGGUGUCAGCCGUCGUGUCGAUAUCGUUGUCGCGCCCGCGAACUUCAGCCCAACAGCAAGUGCACUUGUUAGUUUCCUUCAAUUCCACACACACACACAAUGAUACGUUUGACGCUCUUCAAUGUGCUCAUCGUGCUCAUCACGCUGGCCAGCGUUGAUUCCGGCAACAACACACCAUCGCCGCCACACGUUGUGCCCGUGGCCAUACGCAAUGUGCCACAAGGCUUCCAGCCAACAAGCAACAACAACAACAACAGCGCUAUAAAGCGAGCAAAUGUUCCCAUUGCGCCGCCACAGAAAUCGCAUAAGCAAGCGACUGUUGCCGCCUUUGCGAAGGUGACGGAGCUGGCAAAGGAGGCGCCGCAAGGGGCAACCACAACAACUGGUCGCGACAAAAGAGCCAGCAACGGCAGCGGCAACAGUAACGGCAGAGGAGGCAGCUCAAACAAUGCCGAUUUCCAGCUGGAUCAGAGCGAGCUGGCGCGUCAGAAUCAGAUUACGCAGCAGAUAUUUGCCAACUAUUUGGAACGUCGAUUGUUUCCCAAUCGCAGUGUUAGCCAGAAAAUCCCAACGAUAGCAGAUAUCUUGCCCAAGCCCAAACCCUCGCCUCGACCACGGCCGCGUGGCUUUGCAGCGAGCAGUGAUAUCUAUAAGAAAAUCAAAGGAGCUCAACGCAAUCGACUGCCAACGACAGCAGCCAAGCGACAGGCGAGCCAACGUGAAGAGUUUGAGGAGGAUGAUGAGGAGGAGACGGAUGAGGCGGUGAUUGAUCAGCAGUCAGAGGCGAAUGAGAAUCAGCCAGAUGAGUUCGAUGACGAUGGCCAAGAGUCAUUGCAGAGCGUAGAAUCAGAGCAGCACGAUCAGUACUACGGUGAAAUAUUCCAUCGUGAUCCCAGCGAGAAUGAGAUCGACAGUGAUUGCCCGAACUGCGUGGACGAGUCACAGUAUAUGCCGAAUAAAUGGACGAUGCCGCUGCUGAAGCUGGGCGAGAAGCGUUACUACCUCGGCAUCUUCUUCAAGGCAAAUUGGUUCAAAGCCACGCAAUAUUGCCGCUACCAUGGCAUGCACUUGGCUAGCAUUUCAUCACAGGAAGAGAAUGAUAGACUGGAGAAACACAUACGCGACUUUGGUUUGGGCCACGAACAUUUCUGGAUAUCCGGCACCGAUCUGGCCGAUGAAGGCAAUUACUUUUGGAUGGCCACUGGACGGCCGAUAACAUUCACCAACUGGAAUGCCGGCGAGCCAAACAAUUUCCGCUACGAGAACGGCGAAGAGGAGAAUUGUCUGGAGCUGUGGAAUCGCGAUGGCAAGGGACUCAAAUGGAAUGAUUCGCCCUGCAGUUUCGAGACUUAUUUCGUUUGCGAGGUGCAGCCCGUUUAAAGCAGCAACAGCAAAGCAACAAAAUCAAAUAUGUACUAGAAUAUUAAGCAUACGACCUGCAGCACAGCGAGCAAAUAUUUGAUGAGAAAGAAAGGGAAGCAGCUGAAAACAAUUUACAAGUAGUUAUUAUGUUUAGUUCACUAGUUCAUAAGUUUUGUCGUCGUAUCAAUAUUUGCUGUGCUGUGCUGCGCUCUGUUAAUGUGGUAAUUUAAUAUAUAUUAUUCAAAAUUUCAAAAGAAACAAUCAAAAUUAUCAAUAUUGUUAUGUAUAAUUUAACAAAUUGGUCAAGUCUUUUUUGAUGAUGCUUAGCUAGUAAACUAAUUAAAUUAUGCUCUCGUCUAAAUCGUUCUUAGGCACUUGUAUCUUCUCAUGUAAAAACAAAAAUGUAUAAAAUUAAAUAAAAUACAACGAA